AAAACACAGUCAAGAAAGGUUCUUAAUUAUGAAUGGCCGUUUUGUCAUGUUUUACUCUUUCCCAAGUUUCACCACGCUCUGGUCACUCACGAAACGGCCUCUUAUAUACAAGGCACCUUCAACCGUGGACGUUUUUCAUUGUGUUCCCGAGAAGAAGGAAGGGAGGGGGGAAGGGAGGGAGAGAGAGAGAGAGAGAGUCGCUAUAAAGAUCUCCACAGCUUGCUUUCUUUCUGGAGAAGAAAGAGAGAUCGUCAUGGGGAGGCCUCCUUGCUGUGAUAAAAUUGGGGUUAAGAAAGGACCCUGGACUCCUGAAGAAGACAUUGUCCUCGUCUCUUACAUCCAACAACACGGUCCUGGCAACUGGAGAUCAGUUCCCACCAAUACCGGUCUCAUGAGAUGCAGCAAAAGCUGCCGACUCCGAUGGACCAACUAUCUUCGUCCCGGUAUCAAACGCGGCAACUUCACCGAGCACGAAGAGAAGAUGAUCGUCCACCUUCAAGCUCUUCUUGGAAACAGGUGGGCGGCCAUAGCUUCUUAUCUUCCGCAGAGAACGGACAAUGACAUCAAGAAUUACUGGAACACGCACCUGAAGAAGAAGCUCAUGAAGAAGGGAGAGAAUGGGAUGGAAGGUGGCAGUAACGAUCAGGAAGGCGGUGGAUAUUUCUCGUCGUCUUCGCAACCAAACAAAGGUCAGUGGGAGAGAAGGCUUCAGACCGACAUCCACAUGGCCAAACAAGCCCUCUGUGAAGCUCUCUCCAUUGACAAGGACGCUCCUCCUCCAUUAGAUCAUCCCAUCAUGACAACUCAUGAUUUCCCCCUCUCUCACAGCAAGCCCUCCAUGUCUUACAACCCCAUCACCGCAAAAUCACCCGACCAAGAACAAGCAGCACCGUCGUCGUACGCGUCAAGUGCUGAUAAUAUUGCUCGGCUGCUGCAAAACUGGACGAAGAAGACGCCGAACUCGGUUUCUGGUUCGACUUCGAGUGAAGGAGCACGGAGCGGGAGUGGGACUACCACACCAGAUCGAGGCCUUGACUAUAGCUCUCUCCUGAGCUUCAAUAACUCAACCUCCAAUAACGUGAACAAUAAUUCUGAUAUGUCUACAGAGAGUAAUAGCCUCUUGCAGGGAGAAAGCAAGCCGAAUUUGGAUACUCACGUGCCUUUCACGCUUCUGGAGAAUUGGCUCUUUGAUGAUGCUGCUGCGCCGCAGGGCCAUGAAGAUCUGUUGACCAUGUCGCUUCAGGAAACUGCAGCAGACCUGUUUCAGACAGCAGCAGCUCAGUUGGCCAAAGACAAGUUCUAGAUCAGACUACUACCUUCUAAAUAAUUUAACAUAGCUGCGUGUUCAAUGAGACAAUAAAAAUUUCCUAAUGUUUCUGGUCCAUAUGUCGUCGAGCCUCUUGAUCGGUAACUUUUUAUCGUCUCAUUGUUCUUUAUUUCGUACAAAAGAUUGUAUGUAGGAGUUUUUUUUUUAAAAAAAAAUUUGGAUCAACCAGCUAGUUUUAGUUGUUCUUAGCUCGAGGGUCUUUGUGUGUUUUUUAUUCGUGUUAGGUCAAAAAUGCUUUAAUUAGUUUCUGAGCCUUCUCUCUUGAGUGUGAAGAUAUCUAGCGUUCAUCUUCUCGCACUGUCAAUCAAACUCACUGUACAUUACAAUGGCUUCAUAACCUGCCAUGUGGCAAAUCAAUUGUAUGUUUGUUAUAGUAUUAGUAAUUAAUCUCAUCUAACUUGAAACUGAAA